AUGGAUAAGGAGAUAUCCGAUUCCAUCGACGCAAAUCUCCAGCCAUGGCCCAAUGCCUGGGUUGAGUCACCAGCGAGCGAGCUAUUCCAUUCCGACUCCUACGAACAGCUGUUGCCACGUUAUACCACACGCGUCUGGCACUACUCUAAGUCCACAGUUCAGAACUGGAUAUACCCACGGCCAUUUGUUUACACGCCAUUGCACGGCGUUGGAGGCUUGGUUCUUCCAGACCUUUGCCGCUCAUUAGGGAUUACCGAUUUUACAUCGGUAAAGGAACAACUUGAGCCGAAUCCCGACUUUCCCACGCUGCCGUUUCCCAACCCCGAAGAGUCCGGAGCGCUAGACCUAGCCGUUGAGACAGCAGAUCGGGAAGGUAAAACUCUCAUCAUCGCUAACGAUCCGGAUGCAGAUCGCUUUGCCGCCGCUGAGAAGGUCGACGGCUCAUGGUUCUUCUUCACUGGUAACCACAUGGGAGCUCUACUCGCGUCUCACCUCUUCGACUGUCUAGAAAACAUCGAUACCGAUACACGGGUCGCAGUACUAAACUCAGCAGUCUCAAGCACCAUGCUCGAAAAGAUGGCAGUGGCCAAGGGAAUCUACUUUGAAGAAUCACUCACAGGCUUCAAAUGGAUGGGCAACACGGCUCGCAAACUAGAAGAAUCCGGCUACUAUGUCACGUUCGCCUUUGAGGAAGCGCUCGGCUAUAUGUUCCCAGAGGUUUGCUACGACAAAGACGGCAUUACAGCUGCCAUGGUCUUCCUCUCCGCACAAGCAAAGUGGGCUACGCAAGGUCUCACUCCGUACACGAAACUGCAACAACUAUUCUCUGAGUACGGACACUACGAAACGCUCAACAACUACUUCCGGUCCCCGAAUCCCGAAACAAGCAUGGCUCUGUUCGACGCGAUUCGCGCCGGGCCCUUCAAGUCCGAAAUGAAACUAGGGUCUUUCAAGAUCCUGCGAUGGCGAGACAUGACAGAGGGCUACGACUCCGGCACGGAGGAUAAGACGCCGAAGCUACCCGCCGACAAGAGCAGCCAGAUGCUCACUCUCUGGCUCGACCGCGAAGUACGAUUCACAAUCCGCGCCUCGGGCACAGAGGCAAAGGUUAAAUACUACAUUGAAAGCUGCGGCGCCUCUCGCGAAAAAGCCAUAGACGCCAUCUGUGACACUCUCCGGGCCGUUUUGAAAGAAUGGAUCCAACCGUUCUCACCCUCAUUGACUUACAACAAACAACUUCCCACGUCUUCCGGGUAUGUUCUCGAGCUUGAUUAG